GUCAUUAUCAUGACACAUCUUCAACAUUAGGAAAAGCUUCGUCUUAUGAAGCGUUUUAUUUGCUAACCUUGGGGAGAGGUUGGCUCCUUCUUAUGGUUAGUAUUUGAGAUUUAAAUGUAUUAUAGUCUUGGCAAACAGGUUGUCGGGCACUAAAUGUGUGCGGUAGCUGCUCUACAGCUAGCUUUGUAGCUCAAGAGCUCGCCAAAAGAGAGCUUCACAAGCUAGUGCGCUGCUAACGCUAGCUUAACUGAGGAGACCAAGUCCCCUAACAUUUAAUGUUACUUGGAGAGCUACAUUUCUCAAAGACAGCAACUGAAAGAGGGGCUAGCCAUUGACGUUAUAUCAACAGGCCGUAGCAAAAGUAGCAGCACAAGCUUGUCUGUAGAGACACUGACGUAAAACUACAGGCUACAGAUGAAGAUGAGCACAUACUUCACAUGGUUUCCCAUGAGUUUCACCUGGAGUUGGAGGGUGUUGUGAGAACGGAGGAGGAAGGGAGGAUCACACACCAGGACUAUAAACAAGAGUCAUGAAUCUCCAUCAGGUCCUCACUGGGGCUGUCAACCCUGGGGACAAUUGUUUCUCUGUAGGGAGCGUCAACAACGUGCCAUUCACGGCCUAUGCGUCUGGUUGUGAUGUGGUGAUUCUGGGCAGUGACUUUGAGCGACUGCAGAUCAUCCCAGGGGCCAAACAUGGCAAUAUCCAGGUCGGCUGUGUCGACUGCUCACUGCAGGGAGGACAGAUUGCAGCUUCCUAUGGAAGCACUGUGUGUGUUUUUGAGCCAGUUCAGCACCCAGAUCAAAAGGACACAUCUUUGACUAAGUUGAAUUACCAAUGGCAGAAGACUGGCCAGUUUGUUUUGCAGUCUAUGGUACGGAACCUGGCCUGGCACCCCACAGGCAGCACUCUCUUAACAGGCUCUAGUAGCCUGAAGUUGUGGUCUAAUGUUGAUGGAGUGAAGGAUGAAGCUGAAGAAGAAGGAAAGCAAGCAGAAAUGACCACAAGAGACUUCCAGUCUUCAUGGAGUUGCAUCUGGCAGAGCAAGACGGCCUCUCCAGUCAGUUUGAUGAAGUUCUCUCCUGAUGGGGAAUUUUUUGCUACUGCUGGACAGGAUGACUGCCUAGUAAAGGUUUGGUACAGCACCAGUAAGUGGAAGUGUGGUGUUUCCAGACUUUAUACACCUCCAGAAUGCAAUAUCAGUGUCCAGGGAGAGCUGGCCUUUUCCUUUGUCUACCUGGCCCAUCCCCGCUCUGUUACUGGCUUUUCUUGGAGGAAGACCAGCAAGUACAUGCCACGAGGUUCAGUGUGUAAUGUUUUGCUCACCUGCUGUAAGGACAGCGUGUGUCGCCUCUGGGCAGAGACUCUGUUGCCAGGUGACAGCCUCCUGUCUGGUCACCAUAACAACCACACUGGUGGCCAACACAGCGAAACACUGAGAUGUGCUGGCCCCUCUAGGAAAAACAACUGCAAUGGGAAGACUCAAGGGAGAACAACACAAGAAUUGAAUUUUCAGGAAUUAUGGCACUCCCCCUUUUAUCGGGAUUUGCCACAGCCCUCUUUGACUGGCUGCCUGCCCCACCAUCAGAGCCGACACUACAACCACAAGAAGAUCAGCAGCCACAUGCCCCAUGCCAACGCUCUCUGCCACUUCCACAUUGCUGCCAGCAUCAACCCUGCCACAGACAUUCCUCUGCUUCCCUCCAUCUCCUCUCUGAGUGCUGUGGAUGAUGAGGAACCUGGAGGCCCCUUUACUGUCCACUGGCUCAACAACAAAGAGCUUCAGUUCACUUUAGCUAUGGAAGUCUUCCUGCAGCAGCUCCGAGGCAGCCUGGAGCAACAGAGUGAAUGCUCUCAUGAAGAGCCUGAAAAUGAGGAUAACUUUGAUGAAGACAAUCAUAGUAGCAGGCCAAGUGACCCCCAAGGACCUGAGGCUGCAGAGCUUCCUUUGGCAGCAGUGGAGCACCAGGUGGAUGUGUUGUUAGAAGAGUGGAAUAAAGGGGCAGACAUGUUAUUCAGCAUCCAUCCCAUGGACGGCUCCCUGUUAGUCUGGCAUGUGGACUGGUUGGAUGAAUACCAGCCAGGCAUGUUCAGACAAGCUCAGGUGUCGUUUGUGUCCCGUAUCCCUGUAGCAUUUCCUACAGGUGAUGCUAUCUCCUUGAGCCACAGUGUGGUUAUGUAUGCCUGCAACAAGAAUGUGGAUCUGGCUAUCCAACAUGGCAGACAGCGACCACCUGGGAGCACGUUGCCUCAAACCAAAUCUGCUCUUAUUAGCUACGGAGGUCAAGGGAAAGCUGCACCCAGCAGUAGUCUUCGACUAAGUAUUUUUACCCCCAAUGUGCUUAUGAUCUCUAAACAUGCCGAUGGCUCUCUGAACCAGUGGGCAGUCAGCUUUGCAGAGGACUCUGCUUUCUCCACAGUGCUCAGCGUUUCACACAAGUCUCGCUACUGCGGUCACCGCUUCCACCUCAAUGACCUAGCCUGUCAUUCCUUACUCCCUCUCCUCCUCACCACCUCACACCACAACGCCUUGAGGUCGCCGGAGGCAGACAGUAUCCUGGCUCCUCCAGAGGCCUGCUCCACUGGUUUCUUUCAUUCAACUUCUCUGCCUGGUGGAUCACGGCGCAGCCGAGUGUCCCUGGGUAUGAUUUCCCAGGAUCCCAAUGCUAUCUACAGUGAGCUGAUUUUAUGGCGAGUGGACCCUGUGGGGCCGCUGUCUCUGUCAGGUGGAGUGUCUGAGUUAGCUCGCAUCAAUUCUCUUCAUGCAUCAGCAUUUGCUAAUGUAGCCUGGCUGCCAACGCUCAUCCCCAGCAGCUGUUUAGGUGUGUACUGUAACUCUCCCAGCGCCUGCUUUGUGGCAAGUGACGGCUACUCCCUUAGACUAUAUCAGGCUGUUAUUGAAGCCAAGAAACUCCUAAGUGAGGUCUCCAAUCCUGAGAUAUCUAAAUAUGUUGGAGAGGUGUUCAACAUCAUCAGUCAGCAAUCCACAGCAAAACCAGGGUGUAUUAUAGAGCUGGAUGCCAUUACUGACUUUCAGGGGAAGGAGACCCAGCUCCUGCAUGUUUUUGAGGAGGAUCUCAUCCUUGGCAAUGAGAGAACAGAGAGCACACAGGAAAUUCCUGAUUCUUCUCAUGGUGCCUCUAGUGAGCCAACCUUCUCGGCACGUUUUUUUCUCGUGGUGGUCGAAUUAACUCCGACUGGGCGCUCGCUCCUCCACAUGUGGCAUCUCCAUCUUGCUGCUAGACCCGUCACAAUGGAGGACACUACAUCAGAGAAGGAUACCAGCACAGGUUCUUCGAUGAACAGCUCUCAGUUUAAUUUUGAGACGUUCAGUUCCCCAGUCACUCAGAAGAGUAAACCCUGCACUUCCAACCUGCAGAGCGCCUGUCGUCUCAGCCUCACAACACACAGGCUGUACAGCCAAGAGAUUGCUCUGCCAGCAGGAGUGGAGGCCAUCAGUGUUACACCCUCAGCAGGUCAUCUCAGCGCAUCGUGUUCUCUGCCAACUGGCCGUGUGCCUUACCUCCUUGCUACUUCCUGCUCUGAUGGAAAGGUGCGCUUCUGGAGGUGCAAUGUCAUGGAGACAGAGCACUCCGGUUUGGACAAGUUGAUGUAUCAAUGGGAAGAGUGGCCUCUUCUGGUGGAGGAGGGCAUUCCCAAUUGCAGUGCAGUAAACGUGCAAGGUCGCCCGAUAGAGGUCAGCUGCUGUCACACUGGACGGAUUGCAGUUGCCUACAGGCAGACACCAAACACAUCUCCCAACUUGACGCCCCCUCUGAACUCUCACGGUCUGACUUCUCCACCUACCCUGGCUUCCUCCCCUUAUGUGCAGCACAACAACAACACUACCAACACCCACCUGACCCCAACCCUUACUAUACAGCUUAGCUCAAAUCUCUCUCCAAGACCUCUCCCAGCAAAUACUAGAGAACCACUGGUCCACAUUGGUAUCUUCCAGUGUGAGUCCACUGGCGGUUCGCAGUGGAUUCUAGAGCAGACCAUAGUCCUGGACAACACAGAUCCCACAGCUAGCUAUAGCAUUAGCAAUAGCACAACUGGAAAUACCAAUAUUCCAGGCAGUAACAUGGACUUCUCUAUACCUAACGAGCACUGUCUUGGUUCUACUAGUAAGAGCCUGGUUCACUUGGACUGGGUCUCCCAAGAGGAUGGAUCACAUGUUCUUACUGUUGGUAUUGGGACAAAGAUUUAUAUGUACGGCCGCCUAUCUGGAAAACCUCCAGAACUUGGCCUGUCAUGUGAUGCUAGUAGGGACCAACGCUUAUCGCGUCUGGUUCUGCUUCGAUCAGUUGAUCUGGUCUCCUCUGUUGAAGGUUCAUUACCCAUCCCAGUCUCCCUGUCCUGGGUACGAGAUGGCAUCUUAGUAGUAGGCAUGGACUGUGAGAUGCAUGUCUACUCCCAGUGGCAGCCUCCAGCACCACCCAAACCCAAUGUUGCCAUUGUCCAAGAUACAGACAUCAGCAGCAGUGUCUCCUCCAUUAUAUCCGCUGUCAGACAGAGCCAGGAGGAGGGGCCUAGUCUUGGGGCUCCCAUGUCUUUACUGGCACCUCCCAAAAAGGCCCUGACAAGAUCAAUGAUGAGCUUGGCUCAGAAACUCAGUGGGAAGAGAACAGCAUAUGACCUGCCGGUAGAGAUGGAGGAUUCUGGACUCUUUGAAGCAGCUCACCAACUCUUUCCCACCCUGCCCCAGUACCACCCAGUACAGUUACUGGAGCUCAUGGAUCUGGGGAAGGUUCACCGUGCCAAAGCCAUCCUCUCCCACUUGGUGAAAUGCAUUGCUGGAGAAAUUGUGGCUCUUAAAGACACCUCCACCAACUCAGAGAAACGUGUACGUUCUCGAACCAUCAGCGCCGGAGGAAGCACAGCCAGGGACCGGAAGAUGUUCAGCAAAGCAGAGAACUCCACCCCAGACUACACAGAGAUCAGCUCCAUCCCUCCUCUGCCUCUCUACGCCCUUCUGGCAGCUGAUGAGGACACAUCACCAAAGCCUGAAAAAGUGGGCAGUGUGAGCGGUGAUAGUGGGCAUGGUUCCAGUCACACAGAUGCUUAUGAUGAGCUAUUUCAUACACCCAGCAUUGCGGACUUGGACCCCAUGGACAAAGAUCAAGAGGAAACUGGGAACAAGGUAAUAGACCUGUCCCAGUACAGUCCUACAUACUUUGGUCCAGAACAUGCCCAAGUCCUGUCCAGCCAACUUCUUCACUCAAGUUUGCCUGGUUUAACUCGUAUGGAGCAAAUGUCUCUCAUGGCUCUGGCUGACACCAUUGCUACCACCAGCACAGACCUCAAGGACAGCCAGGGCAAGAGCAAAGGUGGAGAGACACUGGAUGAAUGUGGUCUGAAGUUCUUGCUGGCUGUGAGACUACAUACCUUCCUCUCUACGUCCCUCCCCCCGGCACACCGAGCACAACUGCUACGGCAAGGCCUGUCAACAUGUCAUUAUGCCUGGGCCUUCCACUCUGAAGCUGAAGAGGAGUUACUCAACAUGUUGCCCGCCCUGCAGAAGGGAGAGCCAACCUGGCCUGAGCUGCGCUCCAUGGGUGUCGGCUGGUGGCUGCGCAGCACCAACAAGCUACGCAGGUGUAUUGAGAAGGUUGCCAAGUCUUCUUUUCAGAGAAAUAAUGAUCCUCUGGAUGCAGCUAUAUUUUACCUCGCAUUGAAGAAGAAAGCAGUGGUCUGGGGACUGUACAGAUCUCAGAAGAAUGCCAAAAUGACAGACUUUUUCCGCAACAACUUCAGCGAAGACCGGUGGAGGAAAGCAGCAUUGAAAAAUGCCUUUUCUCUGUUGGGAAAGCAGCGGUUCCAGCAUUCUGCAGCCUUCUUCCUUCUAGCCGGCUCCCUUAAGGAUGCUGUUGAGGUGUGUUUAGAGAAAAUGCAGGACCUACAGCUUGCCCUGGUGAUCUCCAGAUUGUAUGAGUCUGAGUUUGAGACAGCAUCCACCUACAAAAAGAUCCUCCAGAGACAUGUGCUGGGACAAGACAAACAGAUUCCAGCCCACCACGAUCCGUUCCUACGGAGCAUGGCUCACUGGGUCCUGGAGGACUACAGCAGAGCAUUGGACACUUUGCUCGAGCAGCCUGCUGUCAGCGCUAACUCUGUGUCCCCCGAGAGCAGAUCUGAUACUGGCUCCUCUUCCUUGUCUACAUGUAAUCCUGAGGUUUUCAACUUCUAUACCUACCUCCGUACCCACCCGCUCCUCCUUCGUCGCCACUUUGGCUCCUCAGACAAGGCUAAAGUUGGCCUGACCGCUGAGGGUCGCAGGGCUGACUCCAUUAGCCUGGAGGAGAGAAGACUGUUUUUCACAGCUGCAUAUGCACACCUGCAAGCUGGCUGCCCGAUGCUAGCACUCGAAGUCCUCUCCAAGAUGCCCAAAGUCCACAAGCAUUCCAAACUCCACAACCAGGAGGAUACGGGUAUCGCCACUGAACUCAGUGUUGGGAGUAAGAAUGGACAAACAUCAGACCCGGACUGGUCUCAGCCAGCUCUUAACGGCUACGAGUCAGGCGGGGACAGCUUAUCCAACAGCCACUCAGAUUCAGUGUUGAGUUUUGACUGGAGCCAGCCGUCAGUGACACUCCCAGAUGAGACCCUGGAGUUGAAGUGGGACAGUGACAAAGACGUUGAUGAGGACGAUGAGGAUGAAGAAGAAACUAAAAAUGGUAAGAGUGGCAUAACAGCAGACAGCAGCAGUGUGUUCCAGGACACGCAGGAUGCCAUGUCGCCACUAAUGGAGAUGGUGACAGGGGAGGACAGCAGUGACUUCAUCGCACCAGCGGAUGACAUCCUGGUAGCCCAGCUGAAGUUUACGGCCUGUUUGAAGAUUGUGACCAAUGAGCUGAGGACGCUUUCGACAGGGUAUGAACUGGAUGGAGGAAAGCUUCGUUAUCAGCUCUACCAGUGGUUAGAAAGAGAGGUGGUGGCUCUCCAGCACUGCUGCAACUACAAGCCUUGCCUGCCAGAGCUGUCAGUCCAGGGUGAUGCCCCUGUCUCUGGGUUGGUGGAGGAGGAACAGCCUGGCAGCCCACGUGGUGACAGCCAGAGGAGCAGGAGACACUGGCUGCAGAGUAACCAGCCCUUACUGAGGAUGUUUCUGAGCUACUGCAGCUUACACGGCUCCCACGGUGGAGGACUGGCUUCUGUACGCAUGGAGCUCAUAUUAUUGCUUCAGGAGUCUCACCAGGACGACUCCAUCCAACCAGUGAUGACGCAGUGUUCCCAGCCCACAUCUAUCCCUCUUCUGAUGGCUUGCACAGCCAACGUAAAGACCGUGGUGGCCAAUCCCAUCGUAUACCUGACCAACCUGACUCACGACAUCUUACAGACCAUCAAUGCACUCGACUCUCCUCCACAUCCUGAUGUUGUUAACAAUGAGAUCUACGUGAUGCACACAUUGGCUGCCUCUUUGUCUGCUUGUAUAUAUCAGUGUCUGUGUGAUGGACACACAUACAGCCAUGUGAACCAUUUCACAGGGAUUGUAUAUCAGAGUGUGUUGCUGUCCCAGAAGCAGCCAGUCAGAACAGUCAGCAUGGAUGAGUCUGUUCAGCCCAACACCUCUCCAGCACAGUGGCCAGGUAUCGCCUCUCUGAUUCGUCUGUUGAGCUCAGCAGGUGAGGAGAGUCAACCGGGCUUAGCCGUGCUGCUCUGUGAGAUCAUGACUGCAGUCUUCCUCAGUCUGUUCGUUCACGGCAUGGCCACUCACUCCAGCAAUGAGCUGUUUCGCAUUGUGGCCCACCCCCUCAACAGCAAACUUUGGGUGACGGUGUUCGGAGGAGGUGCCCGGACCCCUGUCAUACAGAAACCCAACAGCCCAACAAAAACACCCCCGCCAGCCUCACCAGGCAUCGACAGCUCAGAAAGGAAAUCGAGACGAUUCAGGCUCCUGUCAUCACGCAGUGGAUCAAAGGAAGAGUCUGGGAUAGAGAGGGAGGGCCCGUCCAGUCCAAAGCCAGGACCUGUUGUGGAACAGGAAGCUGCCUCCAUCUUUAAAGAACGUUUUGUCCCUCCAGAGCUCAGCAUUUGGGAUUACUUUAUCGCCAAGCCGUUGCUGCCACCAUCUGAAAGCAGAAUUGAGUACGACUCAGAGGAGAGCGAGGGCAGUCAAGAUGAGGAUGAAGAUGAUGAUGAAUAUGAGGAUGUGUUUGACCCCAAUUCUCCACAAAGAGAGCAUUCUAACCACAAUUCAUACAGUUGGUGUUUAAUGCGCCUGGCAAUGGUUCAGCUCGCGCUGGUCAACCUCAAGUCUUUCUACCCCAUGGCAGGAUAUGAUCUCUUAGAUCUGCCUGUGGGCUCUCCUCUGUGUCACGCUGUGCUGAAGACGCUGCAGCGCUGGGAGCAGGUGCUGCAGAAGAGGCUGGAGGUCUUCGGGGGCCCCCCCUCCAAGUAUAUCUCCACGCACCUGCAGGAUGAAACAGCCACACCUGGCCCCGCCCUCCUCAGACACAAGGCCCUGUUGGAACCAUCCAACACACCUUUCAGGACGAGCCACCAUUCAGCGCUGCCAGUGAAGCGAUUGUGGCAGUUUCUGGUCAAGCAGGAGGAAGUACAGGAGACUUUCAUUAGAAACAUCUUCACCAAGAAACGGGACCCAAACGAGUCGGUCGAGGACCAGACUGACAAUAUGAAAUGUUCAGGGAUGGACGAGACAGGAAACUAUCAGACUGAGUCAGAUCUAAGCAGCUCCGGAGGAAAGGCACGCAUCAUCCACAAGGAAUCUGACAUCAUCACAGCUUUUGCCAUCAACAAGGCAAAUCGUAAUUGUUUAGUCAUGGCCUCCACCCAUGACAUUCAGGAGUUGGAUGUGUCAUCCAUCUUGGCCACACAGAUCUUGACAUGGAUCGAUGAUGAUGAGGCUGAAGCCAAAAGUGUUGGCAGUGAUGACUUCUUGGUGGUUCACGCACGUGAUGACUUUGCCGCCCUCCACGGCACCACGCCGUACACUCACAGUACUCCCGGCACACCCAUCAACAUGCCGUGGCUGGGAGGCCUGCAGACAGGCCGCGGUGCAUCUGUGAUGAUCAAGAGAAACAUCAACAAUGUGAGAAGAAUGACCUCCCAUCCCACACUGCCGUACUAUCUGACGGGAGCUCAGGAUGGAAGCGUGAGGAUGUUCGAGUGGGGUCAUUCCCAGCAGAUCAUCUGUUUCAGAAGCCCUGGGAACUCCAGAGUCACCAGAAUACGAUUCAACCACCAAGGAAACAAGUUUGGUAUCGUAGAUGCUGAUGGAGGUUUGAGUCUCUGGCAGACAAACACAAGUGGGAAUGCACCAAAACCUUACCUGACAUUGCAGUGCCACAACAAGACAGCUCAUGACUUUGUCUUUGUGGGCUCCUCCUCCCUCAUUGCUACUGCGGGCCUUUCAACAGACAACAGGAACGUGUGUCUGUGGGACACUCUGGUGACUCCUGCUAACAGUCUUGUUCAUGCUUUCUGCUGCCAUGAGUCAGGUGCUACCGUGCUCGCAAUGGCCCCCAGGCAGCAACUGCUCAUCACAGGUGGAAAGAAGGGCUGGAUCAGUGUCCUGGAGCUUGCCCACAGGCACCAACGCCAGAGCUUCCAGGCCCACGACUCACCGGUCAAAGCACUGGCUGUCGAUCCGACUGAGGAUUGCUUUAUCAGUGGAUCAGCUGAAGGCAACAUUAAGGUUUGGAACUUGGCCACACAGUGUCCACUCUACACCUUCCCGAAUGAACACGCUCGCCAGUCGCUGUUCAGGAACCUCGGCACGGGUGUCAUGCAGAUCGAGGUGGGACCGGCCAAUCACAUCUUCUCCUGUGGCGCCGACGGGACCAUGAAGAUGAGGAUCCUCCCCAACCGCUUCAGUGUUGUCAAUAACAACAACAACGGCAACAUGAAGAACGACGUCAAGUUCAUCAUAUAGAAAAUGUGUCAGUUUAACUGAAUAAUGUGAAGUUCUUUUUAUGAUCGACACGUGGGGUCAUUGAGUUUCGGCGGAAUGAUGCCAUGUGAUGGCAAGUGUUAUCAUGUACCAGUGUAAAUGAAAAACAGCUUUCCUGACAAAGGGUUUAUAGACUUUCGUGGGCGCGAGAGUGAGCGUGCGGUGACAUAACUGCUUCUGCUGUGUUUGGGAGCAGGAGCCUCCACAAGUGUUCUGAACUGUAGUGGAAGUCAAAGUGGGCACAGGGUGACAACUGAGGCAGUUCAAUCAGAAAGUCUGUUUCAAUUUAAAAAGAAAAAAUGAACAGAAACCCAGCUGGAGAAGUCUCCAUCACAAACUGCCACCUCAGUGUCUCGUGAACAGCACAUGGAGAAAAGACUGCCUUUUUGCACAGGAGCGGAAGCUGUAGAAGAAGCAGGAGUGAGAAGAGACUGUGAAGAGUCUGAAGCUGCAGCAUCGGUCUAAUACAGUAUCACCUUCUCUUUAGUUCAUAUUAGUCAAGUAGUCGGAUAGUGGGAGCUCUUCUGGCAUCUCUGUUGGAGUAUUCAGGUGAUAAAGUGGACUGUGUAUGCAGUGCGUCUUACAGGGACAAUAAGUGUUCCCUGUUGGGGGUUUAAAGGUAACCACAAGACUGCACAACACUGUCAAACCCGUUCAGCACAAAGCAGUAAGGCCAGUCGACAUCGUACAAAGCACAUUAUAUCCGGUCACAAGGACUCCUGGCGCAUUCUGGUGCUCCAUUUGUACAUUUAAUGGACGCAAAUGAUGCCAGCUCAUUUUGGAUGGAAAAUCAGAGGAUCAUGUUUCUCACGAUCAAAAAAAAAAACAAAACACAUAUUGUAGGAAUUUACAGGAUGUCAGUUUCAUAUCAUCAUUAUGUUUUAUAUUUUAAGCAUUUGGCUGAUGCCCAAAUCCAGCCUGACUUUAAUUGAACACAGGAAACAUUGUGAUUUUUAUAAAGGUGGGGAAAAAACAAACAAAAUCACAUCUGUUAAAUCAAAAAAAGGACGCUGGUUAAAUAUUUUGGGAAUAAACUCAUAUCCAAUAAACACAAGGCUACACCUGAUUAGCUUAGCUUUGCACAGAGACUGGAAACAGAUGGAUACAACAAAAAAUCCACCUAACAGCACCUCUAAAGCUCACUAAUUAGCCCAUUACAUGUUUAAUAUCUUUGAAAGCUGAAGUAUAAAACUGAAAAUUUGUCAUUUUACAGGGUUUGUGCCUGACUAUUUCUUGACUCUAGAAAACCAGAAAAGACCCCAGUAAGUAAUACACCCGGCCAAGAAAUAGUCCAUAUAGUACAUAUUCACCUAUAAAAUAAAUAACAUGUUAAUUAGUGAGCUUCAGAUAUGCUGAUAGGUGGAUUUUUUUAACCUUUGAACACAGCCAGGCCACCCCAUUCCUCCAGUUUCCAGUCUUUGUGCUAAUCAAAGCUACGCUAACCAGAGGUGAGGUGAGAUCAGUAAGGAUUUUAUUUAACUCUCCUCCAGAAAGUGAAUAAGCAAAUUUCCCAAAAAUAAAUGUCACACUAUUCCUUUAAUCAAGCUAAGCUAAGCUAAAUCUAUGACUUGAGUUUACAGCUGUGCCACCACCAAUCUUUUUUCCUCAUUUUUAUGGACUACCCGAAUGCGCCAUUUCUCUUUCUCUAUUUGCACAUAAAGAUUAAGCUAAAUAAUAUGUAGUGUAAGUGCAUAUAACUACAAGACUGGAAGUCACUAAAGCAGUCAAAGUUAAGCCUUUGGUAAUAAGAAUAAAAUAUAUAUAUAUAUAUAGAGUAAGGUGUUUGUUAAUCGCGGCCUAGAUUUAACCAGUUGGUAUUAUUAUUAAGUGUCCUUAAUCUCUGAAAACUACUUCUGCCGUGCUGGCACAGUACUGCUACGGUACUGUCAGCCCUGAUAUUACUAUUAAGUUUCACAAAGUAGCUUUAAUUUGACCGUGCCCUUGUUAAUAUGGGACAUGAUGAAAAAUACCUUUUUUCUUCUUUUUUUUUCUGGCUGCGUUUGUUUUUGAAAUAUUCGAUAUGAAGCUUCAGGAAUCGUUGCUGAUGACAAUGGACAGGGGUUUAGGGGGUUGAACAAGUUUUAAUGCUAUUUUGUUGUGGAAAUGUUUUAUUCCAAUAACGAUGCACUUCCCUUUCAUUGAGUCAUUAAUUUCCCAUAUGGACCAUGAUUGAAAAAACUGCCUUGGAAACAAUAUUGUUUGCCUUGAAGUAAUUUCAUUUAUCAGACUGGUUUGCUUUUUUCAGUUUCUUAGUUAUGACCUAAAUUCAUUUUCUACCAUUUCGAUGAUUUUUAUAUCAUCCAGACGCAGCACAUUGCCUUCAGUACAUGCUUUAAAAUGUAACCUAGAUUGGUUUAUAUUAUGUCUUCCACAUCAAUAAGGAAGGGUUUCAUGCAGGCUGACCUGUAGCUAUUUAGUCUGAAGGGGGUUUAAUCCAUGAAGCUAACUACCCAGAGAACCUUGUUGUGCUGCUGUAGGGAAAGAAACGUACAUUAGCUUUGAUUUCAGGGAGGAUAAACUGAGGAAAACCUUUUUAGAUGAAGCAGAUUUAUUGCAGUUAUGUGUAUAUACACAGAUCCAUAAAGUAGGCGUCUCAUAAUAACUGCAUAAUCAUAACGACUAGAUGUAGAUGAACAGUGGGUAAUGAUAAAAGCCACUUUAUGAAGAAUAUAAUUCUGUAUAAACAGGUAUAUUUAUGAAAUAUGUUCAUAGUCAGGAAUAUUGAGUGAUUGAUCAAAAGACUGAUGUAAUCUUAUUUCCUGCUUCUUUUUUUCUCUCUCUCUCUUUUAUCAGGUUGUCAUUUCUUUUUUCUGUCCAUUAUUUCAUGAUGUGGGCCUGAACAAUCAGUGCAAUUUUUUUUGUUUUCCCCACAAAAGUGGACGGGAAAUGACGUGUACCCCUUAAGCAAGUGGAGAGUUCAAAUACAUUUUAUCAAAACUAUGUGUGCUCCUACAAACAUGAGAACGAAAUAAAUUUUAUCACAGCAAGUGCUUUUUUUUCUCCACAAAUAUUGCUUAUUUUCCUUUUAAGAUUCACUGCAAACAGAUCAGUCUAAUAUGAACUACAUCAGUGUGUCGGGUGUAGCUGUUGCAUGAGUAGAUAAACAAACUCACUUGGUCUGAUCAACCGAAUCAACACAUUCUGCUCUGACUUGUUUUUUUUGUGUUUUUUUUCCUCUUCGAUCUUGCAAAUGUGAAUUUGAUCAGAUAGUUCUAAUUUUAUAAUGAAGAUAUUGUGUAAAUCGAUGUAUUAUAUAAAGAAAUGUACCAAUGUAAUAAAAAAAAUGUAACGAG